AUGGCGUUCAACUUCAACUGGUCGCCGCUCAUGGCAGACGCGGGCUUCUACACCAGGGCGCAGGAGCUGCUGACUGCUGCGCUGAACAAAUCGCCCAAACCCCCGAUUAUCGUCGAUGAUAUCGUGGUGACCGAACUGAACCUGGGCUCCAACCCCCCAGAGCUAGAAAUCCUGGAAAUAGGUGAUCUGGCAGAGGACAGGUUUCGGGGUAUUUUCAAGAUGUCCUAUGCUGGAGAUGCAUUCUUGACCCUCAAGACCUGUGUGCAGGCGAACCCCUUGAAUACUUAUCUCCUUACUCGGCACCCCUUUGCCUCUCCACAACCACUUGCUGCUGCAACCGGUUUGACUAUCCCACUCCAAAUUACCCUCUCCGACAUAAAACUCUCAGGUUUCGUUAUUCUCGUCUUCUCGAAGCAAAAGGGCAUUACAGUCGUCUUUCGGAACGAUCCCCUCGAAUCCCUAAAAGUCUCGUCGACCUUCGAUUCGAUCCCUUUUGUCCGCGAUUACCUCCAAAAGGAAAUCGAGGGCCAGCUACGAAUUCUCUUCAUGGACGAGUUGCCUGCGAUUAUACAUAGGCUUUCUUUGCGCCUAUGGGGAACGGAAUACAGUGAACUGGAAACCACUUCGGCUCAAGUCACGAAUCCACCCCUUGAAGGACCAGGCCUGGAUCCUUUAUUGAAUCCCCCCGAGGAUCCCGUCGACGCAUCCGGGAACGUCCUGUCUACUUCGGAAAUCGCAUCCCUAUCUCUGGAUUCCGGCGUCGAGAUGCAUUCCCUCUUCUCCCGCAAGAACGUCCUCCGUCUAGCCGCGCUGACGGAUUCCCAGAGGACGCUAUCCUUAUUCACGCCUUCUAUCCAAGAAGUUGUUUUCAGAGCAUGGACAGGUUUGAUGGAGCAGGCUGAUGGUCCCAGCGGCCUCGUCUCCCCCAUGAGUCCCCCGCUCUCCAGAACCCAUUCACACGUCGCAACAUCAUCACUUUCACUCCAAGAUGCUGCAAGUCUGGCAUCGUCUUCGCACAGUCGACUGAGUCUUCCCUCAACAGGGUUUAGCGGAUACGGGCUCAGCAUGGGUGCCGGUCGCCACUCAAAGGCUCACGCGAGGAAGCGAAAGAAGCGAGUCGUGGAUCUUCGACGACGGCCGAAGAAUACAGAUGAUAUGGAGAGCGUCAGCGGCGAAAGUGAAUUCACGGAGAGUACAAGUGCAGCCUCUGUAUUUUCGGGCUCGACCAUCCCAGAAGAGAACAACGAUGACCCCGUAACCCCUCCAGGUUCUCCACCACGUACGAUCAGACAACCAACCCUAUGUGACCGUAUCGUUGCCCGCAACGGUGCCGAAAGAAAUGCGCGGAGAGGUAUCCCCGCAGAAUUCGGACACGAUAUCCCUGCUUCCCGCACUACGCUGCCUACUGCCAACGAUAUAGCUAGGAUGCUAGCAACUACCUCCUCUCUCCAGCAACAACUGCACCCUGCAAACUCGAAAUCACUACCGCCACAAGUACCACCUCAAGAACCAGCUCUUCGUCCGUCUUUAACUUCUAACUCCCCUUACCCAAUCGAGAAACCCAACGCCUCAAACUACACAUCUUCGGGAGAUUCACAACAACAACAGCAGCAGCAGCAGCAGCAUCAAACCCACCUGCCCUCAUCGUUAAUCAUGGAAGCAGCCCAGAGCGGCGGCAUCCUGGAGCAGGCAUGGAUGAUGAAAAUGGCCAGUGAAAUUGCCCGCAGGAUCCAGGAUGAGAAGAUGGGCGGCGAGGAUGCUGCCGGCAGCAGUAACAAUAAGAACGACAACAAGAAUAAUAAUACUGGCGGAUUUUGGGAACAGUCGUUGAUGCGCUCGCAUACGCCACCACCUGCUUAUCGACAUUAA